ACUUAAAGUAGAGAACAAAAAAUUAAUAAAAUUCUAUAAAAAUAAACAAAAAAAUUAUUUAUUAAUUUUUUAAAUUACAAAAAAAAAAAUAAAUAAAUAAAAAUAAUAGAAAUUGCAAACUAAUACAAACAACUGUCGCCAUCGCUUUAAGCUAAACAAACUUUAAUAAAAAAGUUCUAAAAUUAUACGAUGUCGUCCGCUUUGACAGCCAUAAACUUAAAAAAUGAUUUUCUGAUAGAAAAUUUUAAGAAAUCUUCACAACAACAAAUGGCUUUGAGUCGACGCUAUGAACAGCUACUGACGACGGAAAAAUACUGUGACUGUGUGUUUGUGGUGGGCGAGGCGGCUAAAGUAAAAUGUCAUAAAUUAAUAUUGGCCACAGCCAGUCCAGUAUUUGAGGCCAUGUUCUAUGGACCCAUUAGCGAGGCUGAAAGUUUUGUAGAGAUUUUAGAUAUGAGCGAGGAAAUAUUUCAACUUAUGAUUUUAUAUAUUUACAAAGGAUCCAUUGAUUUUCGUAAUUUAUCAUUAGAGGAGACUAUCGAGUUGUAUUAUGGAGCCGAAAAGUAUUUGUUAAAUGAAUUAAAAUCAGAAUGUUUGGAGAAUAUACAAAUGAAAUUGAGAUUUUCGAAUAUUUUGGCUUCAUUGGAAUUAAGUAUUUGUUUAGAUCUCAAUAGUUUAUUGAAUAUAUGUAUGAAUUUCUUUACACGCUGCUGCCUCAGUGAAUCACAAUUUGUGGCCUAUUUAAAGAGUCACUAUUAUCAUGUAUCUAAGGAUUGUAUUAAAACUAUAAUAAAUCUAUGCAAGGAGCAGAUACCGGCCAAAAAUCUUUUAUGGUUUAUAUAUGAAUGGUGUCAGCAAGAGUGUGUGGAAAUGGGUUUGAAAGCCAGUGAGUGUUCUAAUAUUAUACAAGAUCUCAAUUUAACGGAUCCCAUGCUGCCUUUAGAAGCUAAGGAGAACCUAAAACCUCAGUAUACCCAAACUAUAGAAAGAUGCUAUUACAAAGCCUGUCGUCCGUUUAAUAUUGAUUACGAUAAUUAUGAAUGGUUUACGCAUAUCAAAGCGAAUAGAUUUAUUUCUCUGCAAGGCCUUACCCUACAAAGUCGCCUAACACCUCAUUUAACGCGCAUGCAUGUGCCUUCAGAUUAUUUAGAGAAUUUACGUAUAGAAAUAACUGCACCCAACUAUGACUCCAGUUUGCUGUGGUCCUAUGAGGUAGCGAAACAAUUAACAAAAUAUAAUUGUGAUUUAAGUAUCAAAUGGUCUAAGGGUAUUGUUCUAUCGCCCGAUAUAGAAUAUCAAAUAAAACUCAUAUGGCGUCCUGCCCAAAGUCAGGGAGCUGAAUAUCCCUGCAGUUUGUUUUCCUCCUCCGUGGAGGGUAUACAAUUUAGAGAUUUAGAUACACAUAGUGGUAGUUUAAUUAAAGGUUUACAUUUUAUAAAUUUAGUUUAAAUAUAGUAUUCAUAAGAUUUUUAGUUAAAUAAAUAAAUUGUAAUUUAGUUUUAGUUAUAAAUUUAACUUAGUUUUAAGAUAAAUUUUGAAAAUACAAAA